GCAAAUCCAGCUUUAAAAGGAGACUUCCCCCUCACUUUCCAUACACCUUACAGAGAAUGAGAGAUAGAGAGAUGGGAGGCCUUCCAUGUGAAUCUGAAUCCUGGGUUUCUUCUUCUUCCACUACCACCUCAAUCCCAGAAAAUGAUACUGCUUUUGAGCUGGUAAGCCAACCCCAAACUACUGGCUUUCUUAACCAAGACGAGGAGUGGGCAAAGUUAAAUUUUGCUAACAAGAACAACCUUAACAUGAACAAUAAAAAUGGCAGUAGUUUGAAGAAGAAGAAGAAGAAAAGCCAGGUCUUGCUUGAAUGGUAUGUGGAGCCAGCUGAUGAUGACGACUUGUCAAGAACCAAGAGUUUGACAGAUGAGGAUCUUGAUGAGCUCAAAGGGUGCUUGGAUCUUGGCUUUGGGUUCAGCUAUGAGGAGAUUCCUGAGCUCCGUAACACCUUGCCUGCGCUUGAGCUUUGCUAUUCAAUGAGCCAGAAGUUCAUGGACGAGCAGCAGAAGUCACCACCAGAGAGUGCUCAAGCGCCUGCCACCGACUCUUGCUCUCCGGUUUCUAGUCCCAUUGCCAACUGGAAGAUCUCUAGUCCUGGUGACCCUCCAGAAGAUGUUAAGGCAAGGCUAAAAUAUUGGGCGCAGGCUGUGGCAUGUACUGUUAGAUUAUGCAGCUAGAACUAUAAGAGAUCAAGAUUUAAUGGAUUUAUCAGGAGGGGAAAAUGGAUGGACAUUCUCUUUUGCAACUGGAAGCCGAUGACCUGGAACUUCAUGUGGAGCUUUUGCUUCACUUACCUCUCCAGGACAAUCUUUAUGCAUGAAUGAAUUUUCCUGCAAUCUUUUAGCUGGAGAAGGACCUGCUAAGAUCCGUCAAUGACGGGUCAGAUUUUAUGAAGAAAGAAGUGGAGGAGGAAGAAGGAGAAGGUUUCAGGUUUGAAUUAACCAAAAUCCACUGAGUCUGACUUAAUUCUUCCAAGACUAAGAAAUUUUUUUUUAUGAUUAUUGUAUCCGGCACUUGAAAAAUAAUUAAUGAUAUGAAUAAAUUUAUCCAUCUUCAGCUUGUCCAUUUUGUUACUGGUUAGUGGCAUGUAUGUCUAAGAAUUCCAAUCUUAGUUGUUGGUUUUAUGCAGCGGUGAGAACCUUCAUUAGAGCUUCAUCAGCCACUCGCAGACCUCUGCGAUUGCUGAGAUGAAUGCGUGUUCAGCUGGUACCGCAGGAGCAAACGGAAAGAGGGAGAAAAGGGGUGCUAAGUUGAAGUAUUGUUACAUUGGUGCUAAGUUUAGGUUCUAACUUGUAAAUCUUCAUUGAUCAUGUGAUUUCCCUUAGUUGCAUUGGGAAAAUGUGCCCUGACACUUACCUCUAUAAGGACUAAGUUGAAUUAUUGUUGCAUUGUUGUUGAUAGUUAAAGCCUGUUUCACUCAAUUCACUUAAUUGUGAUCUGCCCAAGUUGUUAAACACCUUAAGGUAGCAAUGAAAUCCAAAGAAAUGUGCAUGUUCUUGUUA